CAGCUUUGUUGUUCACCUCAGAUUAACGCUGCAACCAUCUUUGUAAGGUACCGUCACAAAGUGGUUGCAACUUGGUUGGUUAUCGCGAAUACCGCCCGACCAUUUGGGUUUUUGCUGGUGCUGAGCCGCCGAAAGUGAGAGUGCGUUGGGUGUGCGAAUGGUGUUCCUGUGCUCAGUUUCGUCAGUCUGCUGGUCCAGGGUUUAGGGCGAUUAUGGUGUUUAGCACUUUAGCAGCGUUAAUUAGCAAUGUAACUGUACCCACUGGUUCUACGUUGAGGCCAUUAAUUUUCAGUUUGUUCAUUGCCUUGUUGCCCAGAUUGCGAUGACAACUUCCUAACCGGACAUUGACCAUCGAUUUCGCAUAAGAUGGUGCGCAAAGUGGGUAAAAACCACUACAUUGCUUCGGCACUAAGUCGCAACGAUUCCCCAACUCCAGUCCAUGUGUCCAGAAGUGCGGCCUAUUCCGAUGGCGAGGACAGUCAUCGAGCUCCUUCGGACAGGACAGUGUCCGAGUACACUUCAGUGCCAUAUACUAUCGUGAACGAAAGAGGCAGCCGACCGGGAUACACCAGUAGCAGUCCCAGACAUAAUGGUUACACUUCGUCCAGAGCUCCUUCGGCUUUGAGCAAAAGCAGUCGGUAUGAUGAUACAGGAUCGGACAUCUACGUGACCAGUGGUGCCUACAAGGCGCCAUCAGAAAUCAGUCCUUCUAGUCGAGCCAGACCACCCAGUCACUACUCGUACAGAUCAGGAGCGGCUCCUUCAGUGGCAAGUCGAACCAGCAGGAGUACGGUGAAAACUGGCAGAGGCUCCAGGAAAGCGGGCAUGACGGUGGAAACAAUGGCGGCCCCCAACCCAUUCUGCCCCAACAUUAAGGGCAUGUGCUGCUUAAUGCUCCUGCUGAACCUUGGAAUCAUUCUGGUCACGUUGGGAUUCGUCAUAGUCAUCCAAUUUUUCGAGCCGGUUAUUGUGUGGGUGUUCGGCAUCAUUUUCCUGAUCUUCGGCUUCCUCACGCUCAUCGGCAGCCUGAUUUACUGCGUGGUGAUCUGCAGGGACGUGAAAUCGCCGAGUCAAGUGAAUCCAGACGAGCUCUAUUGGACCCACCAUUGGUCGAAAACCAUCGGAGCUUCUCCGGAAAUCCACUACAAAGCUGAGGAGAAAUAUGGAGACGACCGGUAUAGGGAGAGUGAUCGGUAUUCAGUGAGCAAACUGUCCGGCAAGUACUCGGAUAGGGAGAAGAACGGCAGAUACUAACUCUAGUGUAGCGGUAAUGCCCUAAUCAGUACGACUUUAAACUUGUUUUAUGUAAAUAACUGCAACGAUUGCGAACGAACCUUGUAAUUAAUAUUUUGUAAAUAAACUGUGAGAUGUAAUA